UUUUCUCUACUACUUCACUCCCCCAAGACCAACUAUAACGGAUAAAAGUCCACCAUCGUCAACGCCAUUGUCAUAACUCACAAGUCACAACACCUCUCUCAAGAAUUCAGGCAAAAAAAAUGGAGGAAGGUGUAGGUGGAGAAGAGUACCUUUUCAAGAUAGUGGUCAUAGGUGACUCUGCAGUCGGCAAAUCCAACUUAUUGUCGCGGUUCGCGAGAGACGAGUUUGAUCUGCACUCCAAGGCCACAAUCGGUGUGGAAUUUCAGACGCAAGUGGUGGAUAUCGACGGCAAGGAAAUCAAAGCCCAAGUCUGGGACACCGCCGGUCAAGAGCGCUUCCGCGCCGUCACCUCCGCCUACUAUCGCGGCGCCGUCGGUGCACUUAUUGUUUAUGACAUCAGUCGUCGUACUACUUUUGAAAGUAUUAAGCGGUGGCUUGAUGAACUCAACACUCACUGUGAUACAACGACAGCAAGAAUGUUGGUAGGGAACAAGAGUGAUUUGGAGAAUAUUAGGGACGUGAGUGUUGAAGAAGGUAAAAGACUUGCAGAAGAGGAAGGACUAUUCUUCAUUGAGACAUCUGCGCUUGAUUCUACAAACGUGAAAGAGGCUUUUCAGAUUGUAAUCCGUGCUAUCUACAACAAUGGCAGAAGGAAGGUUCUGAAUUCAGAUUCCUACAAGGCUGAAUUGUCUUCUAACCGUGUCAGCCUCAUCAAUGGCUCCACCAGCCGUUCUUCCUGUUGUUCUCGGUGAGUUUUUGAGUGUCAAGUGAAGCCCUGUUUUUGUAGUGAUGAGCCAACAUUAUAAUUUCUAUUUGGAUUUUGUUUCUUUUGUAUGAAUUUAAGGCAAACAAGAUGUUGUAUUCCUAAAUCACAU